AAGAAAUCUGUCAUUUCUUACUUACCAAAUAUAUAAAUUUAACAAGUGUGGUGUCAUUUAUAUAUAAUUAAUGCUUAUUAUUCACUAACUUACAGAACGUUUGCCCUCUCUCUAUUUUGUGGUGCUUCUUCUUCUUCCUCUCCUUCUUCUUUUUUCUCUGUUUUUUUUGGGGUGCAGUUCUUUUUCUAUCUGCUGCUGUUUUAGCAUUGGACCUGUUCUUUUUCUUCUGCAGGGGUUGUUUCAACAUGCAGAUGCCAGUGGCAUUGCUCUUGCUGCUGGCACUAAGCAUUGCUAUUGGAAUUAAUGGAGAAAGGAGCAGUGGACAGUGUGAUUAUAGGCCUAGUUUAGAACCAAGACCACACAGUGUGUCCAUUCUUGAGUUUGGUGCUGUUGCAGAUGGGAAAACAUUAAAUACCAUUGCCUUUCAGAAUGCUAUUUUCUAUCUCAAGUCCUUUGCUGAUAAGGGAGGUGCUCAGCUUUAUGUGCCACCAGGAAAAUGGCUUACUGGAAGUUUCAAUCUUACCAGCCAUCUCACACUUUUCCUGGAAAAAGGAGCUGUUAUUCUUGGAUCUCAGGAUCCAUCUCAUUGGGAUGUUGUAGAACCCUUGCCUUCAUAUGGUCGUGGGAUUGAACUUCCUGGAAAAAGAUAUCGAAGUCUAAUAAAUGGAUAUAAGCUGCGUGAUGUGGUGAUAACAGGUGAUAAUGGAACCAUUGAUGGCCAGGGCUCAGUUUGGUGGGAUUGGUUCAAUUCCCAUUAUUUGAACUAUAGCCGGCCUCAUCUCGUGGAAUUUAUAGAGUCAGAACACCUUGUAGUUUCAAAUCUUACCUUCUUGAAUGCUCCUGCAUACAACAUUCAUCCAGUAUAUUGCAGUAAUGUGCUUGUGCAAAAUAUGUCUCUCUCUGCUCCCCCCAAAUCUCCCUACACCGUCGGGAUAGUCCCAGACUCUUCCAAUAAUGUAUGCAUAGAGGACAGCAUUAUUGAAAUGGGUUAUGAUGCUGUUGCCCUCAAGAGCGGCUGGGACGAAUAUGGCAUUUCGUAUGAUAGAGCUACAAGAGAUGUGCACAUUAGAAGGGUCCACCUUCAAUCAUCUUCAGGCUCUUCCAUUGCUUUUGGUAGUGAGAUGUCUGGUGGAAUUGCUAAUGUGCUUGUGGAGCAGGUCCACCUUUACAACUCAUUUAGUGGGGUUGAGUUUAGAACAACCAAAGGCAGAGGUGGUUAUAUUAAAAGAAUUCAUAUAUCAGAUGUUGAAAUGGAAAAUAUCAACUUAGCACUUGGUGCUAUUGGCGAUCGCGGGUUACAUCCAGAUGACAAAUUUGAUCCUAAUGCUCUUCCAGUUCUUGAUCAAAUCACCUUGCAAAAUGUAACUGGUAAAAACAUCAGUAUAGCAGGAAAUUUCACUGGAAUUCAAGAAUCUCCCUUCACCUCCAUUUGUCUCUUUAAUGUCUCCUUAAUAGUUUCAGCCUCAUCAAAUUCUUGGAUAUGUUCUAGUGUUGUUGGCUUUUCAGAGUCUGUUUUCCCUGAGCCAUGCCCCGAGCUGAUGAGCCGGUAUUCGAAUUCCUCAGCUUGCUACUCCCUCUUGGUUUCUUAUGGUGAAUCUGCAAGCUUAUGAUACCAUUUCUUCACACUAAAAUCACAUUGGUUAAAAAUAUGGAUUCUUCUACAGUUCACUGUCUCUAAAGUAGGUGAGAUUCUUUCCAAUAAGACACAUGUCUAAAGGAGUAUUUGUUGGUUCCUGGGUUUUGUAUUCUUCCAAUGUUGAAAUCUGCAGAUUAAUUACUUGUACAGCUUCAUUUCUUCAUUCAUGUGUAAGAAAAUUUUUGGUAGUGAUUUGCAAGAACCACAAGGACUCGUCAUCUUAUUAGCAUUGCUGUUUACAGUU